CUUCAGACAUCAUCACCCACGUAGCAUCCGGAGUUUGUGCCUCCUGCCAUGAAAUGUCGCCCCAAGCAGCUAUUGUUGGUUCAUGAUCCGAGCGUCACUUUUGAGACCCUGUACGAAGACGACCACGUGCUUGCGAUUGCCAAACCAUUUGGCGUUCUGGCUCACCCAUCUCCUGGUUUCUGGGCCAAAGGUACUUUGGCCCAUGCCUUAGUUGGUCGAGUUAGUGAUGAAAUGAUGCAAGAAAGGGGUGAUCACAACGAGUGGGACAGCUACAUUCCACGUUGCAUUGUUCACCGCUUGGACAGUGGCACCACCGGCGUGAUGGUGAUUGCCAAGAGCCCAUCCGCAGAGAAAAGUCUUGCGCACCAACUCCGCGCUGUCGAUAUGCUGGACAUGGCACAUGAAGGCAAGAAACUUUAUGUAGCCUUGCUCCUUGGUCACCCUGGCAGUGAAACGAAGUCAUGUAUCACAGCCAAUGGAGCUAUUGGCCGGCAUCCCCAGAAUGCAAGGCUGUGGGCAGUCAUACCUGGUGGCAAGCCCGCCAAGACAAUCUUCCGCGUUCAUGCGUUUAGCAAAAAGCAUGGCCUAUCGCUUGUAACGGCGGAGCUUUUCUCCGGCAGGACGCAUCAGAUCAGAGUUCAUGCCGCUUUUCUGGGUUCACCAGUUGCCAAUGACAAUUUGUACGCUCGGUCGCAGCUGCAAUCCUUCCGACACUCGUUCGGCAAGGGCCUGGCGGAGCGCCGACAACUGCUGCACGCAUGGGCACUCAACAUAGAACACCCGCUAAAGCAACGACGGCGAAGCUUACAGUUGCGGGCGCCACUCCCGCAAGACAUGGCGAACAUUAUCCAGCAGGUUUGGCCUGGUAUGACGCUUAAUCCAACGGCAUGGUCUGGAAUGCCUGGAUGGCACAAGUCAGAAACACCCCGAGAUCCAAUGAUGGCUUUCUGUGCCAAUGCACGUCAUGAGAGUUAACGGAGGUGUGCCGAUUUGGGCGUCCUUACUCAUCAGCCAACGACUGCUUGGCAGAUUUGCUGCCAAUCCUUUCUCAGCACCCUAUACAUAGUGAAAAUGAUCAGCAUCCGAGCAUGCUUGAACAGUUUCAGAAGUGCUUUAGAAAAACCCAUCAGAGGCACAAAUCCUUGCUCAUCAGAGGCUAGUAUAAUUGAUUGGUGAGCUGUCUUAAUCAUGCCCCUAGUUGCCAUUUGACAAAACUCCAGAAAUUCAGGUGUGGCAAGGAGAUUGGUCCAGAUUGGACCUUGCUCAUUACUAACACUUUGGCCCUUCAGUUGUCAGAGUUAGAUUGAAUCUGUGAGGCCUUCUGAGCUCGAGAAGUGGUGGACUGCUUGGUGGGAGGCCUCCGCAGAGGGCAAGGCUUGGCUUCGUGAGCGAGAUGCCUGGGAGCAGCUUGGAGAGAAACAAAACAAAAAGCGUGCAAAAACGCCCAAAGAGGCCAAAGUUGCCAAAGCCAGACGGCAAGAGUUGCCAGAGCGGCCGCACGCUCCGAGACACGCCCGUCAAGCGU